UACAACGUCGCGACGCUGUCGACGUCUCCUUUAUUUGACGUCGAGUCGUCGCAGCGGCUGGCUGUGUUAAAAUAUACAUACUAGAAAAGUAGACUGCGCUGCCUGCUUCAUUCUUGGAACAAAAAUUUCACUGUUGGCAGCGACUGAGAAAUAAAAUUGAACGUCGACGUCGCGACGUUUCCUCCUCGAAGAAGACCAAAUCAAAAUAAAAACAAAUAAACUAUAAAGGGUGCGUGCGCGCCAAUUAUUUAACAACAAUUAGCAAACGAAAGAAACAAAUGCACACACUGAGUGCAGCCAUCGAAAUGGACAAACUGGAUGCCAACCUGGAGCAGCAGUUUGAUCUCAAUCUAAUUGAGGCAGUUAAAAUGAAUCCCGUUAUAUAUGAUCGCUCACAUUACAAUUAUAAGCAUUUUGUGCGUAAGGCGCAGACUUGGAAGCAAAUCGCUGAAACACUUGGAGUUAGCGAACAAAAAUGUACAAAGCGUUGGAAGAGCUUACGCGACAAAUUCGCGCGCGAAAUGAAACUAUGCCAAGAAUCGCGCUGGCGCUACUUCAAGCAAAUGCAAUUCCUUGUGGACUCCAUUCGCCAGUAUCGUGAAUCGCUGCUGGGAAAGUGUGCCAACGGCAGCCAGAAUGCCAAUCAAGUGGCCGAUCCCACGCAACAGCAGCAGGCCCAGCAACAGACUGUCGUCGACAUCUUUGCACAGCCCUUCAAUGGCAGCGCCACCACAUCCGCACAGGCACUGACGCAUCCGCACGAUUUCCCCAUAGAAAUCACUGUCACUGGCGACGCCCAGCUCGCCACCGCUGUGGGCAAGGAUCAGAAGCCAUAUUUCUAUGAGCCGCCGCUGAAGCGUGAACGAGGCGAGGAAGAGCACAGUGACAAUAUGCUGAAUAGCAUUAAGAUAUUCCAGAACAAUGUCUCGCAAGCGGUCAGUGCCGAGGAUCAGUCGUUUGGCAUGGUCGUCACCGAUAUGCUCAACACGCUGGGCGUGCGGCAAAAGGCCGAGGCCAAGGUGCACAUCAUCAAGUAUCUGACGGAUAUGCAACUGCUGGCACAGCAUAACAAAUACUAACUGUCGAGUCGUUUGUAGCAUUACCAGCAUCAACAGCAAUUGCUGCAACUGCUCCAAUUGGAUAAUGUGCUGGACGCUCGAUGGUUAAUGUAAAGCAGCUACAUACAACAACAACAACAAAUAAACAACCAACCACAAUAUAAAAAAAAAAACAAAAAAAAAAAAAAAAAAAAAAACAAAAAAAAAUCCCAAAAACAGGAGUUGCCUGUUUUUUCUAGCUGUUAAGUCUUAAAAGUCAAACUAAAGUUUAGAAUUAGUUAUAAAACAACACACUUCAUAUACACUUACAUAAAACAGAAACAUACAAUUACGUAGGCACAUAUAUAUAUAUACAUAUAUAUAUAUAUAUAAUUAUAUGUAUAUAUAUAUUCUUGUGCUUUGAUCUUUUGUAGUUGGCCCUACGCCUCCGUUAAAUUUUCUAACCCAGUUUAGAUGUGUACAAAAUGGUAAAAGAAAACUGGUUCUAGAAAUUUUUAGUGUACGUAGUUCUUUUUGUAAAACAAUUUAUGAAAUGUUUUUUGCCAAUUUUGUAAAACACAGCAUAUUGUAUAUUUUUGACUACCAUUUAGUUUAAACAUGCCAUCGGGUUUAGUUUUGUAAUUUCUUGUAAAAUUAAGACAAAUUGUAAUCACAAAACAAAAAGAAAAGAAAAACACGUUAUUUUAA